AUGAAAGGUCGUGAGCAUCUGCACCCGAAGGUGCAUUCGCUGCCAACAAUGUCGCUGGAUGAGGCGCAGGAGCUCGAGCAACUCCCCAAGCACCUGGACUGGUGCGAGCGUGGUUUCUGCGUCCCCAGUUGGAACCAGCAUAUCCCUCAGUAUUGUGGCUCGUGCUUCGCUCACGGCGCCAUGUCGAGCGCCCAGGAUCGCAUCAAGAUCGCUAACACGCGUCGUAAGUACACGGGAGCAGACGUGAUGCUGGGUCGCCAGAGUUUUCUUAACUGUGCACCGGGUCACGGACUAUCCGCCGGCUGUGACGGUGGAGAAGCCUCUGACGUGUACGAGUUCAUGCGCCUCUACGGACUGCCGGACGAGUCUUGCUUGCCAUACAACGCAACGGAUCACACCAAGUACCAAGCAACCAAUGGCACUUGCCCCCCAGAGGGUUAUUGCAUGAACUGCAUGUAUACUCCUGAGAGUAAGAAGGUGCCACAGUGCUUCCCAGUAACGAAGAUGGUACGCUACCGAGCCAAGAGCCACGGCCACUUGUCGGGUGAACUUGCCAUGAUGAAGGAGAUCAUGGAAGACGGUCCUAUCACAUGCGGCAUUGCCUGCAGUGAAGAGUUUACCUACAAGUACAAGGCCGGCAUUCUUGAGGACAAGACGGGCUUUAUGGAUAUUGAUCACGACGUGGAAAUUGUCGGAUGGGGCGAAGAGGAUGGCGUCAAGUACUGGCACAUCCGCAACUCAUGGGGCACGUACUGGGGGAUGAACGGAUUCUUUAAGAUUGUGCGUGGCAAAAACAACUUGGGCAUUGAGGCCGACUGCGCCUUCAUGAGACCGGAUAUCAGCGACGAAGAGCUCGUGUGGGAGGAGAAAGCUGUCUACGGAGGCUCGAUCUUUGGUAUCGUCCCGUUCAAGAAAAGUGCAAAGGACCACCCGAUUAAAGACACUUCAGAGGAUGUUACACGUCCCGACGGUGAGGUUCUGGCUGCUCAUUACACAGAGUCGUUUGCCACUGAGACCGAGGCUCAUCACCAAGACAGAUCGUUCGCAACACUUGCAGUCACGUUCUUCGUGUCGGGCUGCGUCUGCGCGGCGCUUGCUGCAGUGAUCGUGCUGAAGUUCCGUGGACACCGCUAUGUGUAUCGGACCAUUGCGUGA